AUGUGCUGGUCAAACAACGUGCAGAUUCUCACCCUUUCAAAGAUUGAGCUCUUGCGAGUGACCGAGCUCUACUGUCAAGAGCAAAUCUUUUUAUUAAUUGAAGCUGCACUAGGUAUUGGUGAGAUGCAACAUGUGUGCGUUGCUAAGGCUUUGGAAAACACGGAGUUUGAGAGCUCAGAAGUUACAAUGCGCUUCCACACCUAUACCGCUUAG